AUGAAAGGACACUUCUCUAUUGAGUGGCUGUCCCAGAGCAGCCAGGGUACCGGUAGCUCAGGACCCAAGACCCUGGAUGACCCCUGGGUCACGACAAGCCCCUAUGCCUCCGGAACCCCUUCAGAGAGCCUUCCAGGGUUCUACAGCAGCAAGAGACAGAGCAGCACACAGGUCCAGGAGAGACCAGUACAGCGGGAACCUUCACAUGGACACAUUUCCCCAGGAUCUGUGCACCAAGAGCCCAGUGCAGACAGCUCCAACAAUCUCGACUCUAACAGUCAAGUAAUGGAGUCCAGCUUUAGGUGCGGCACUGAGGAGGAAGAGACAUCGGGUUAUGAGAGCGAAGGUGGGCGAUCUCUUUCCCCCGUCGGCGCUCAGAGCGCCCUGGCGACAUCCCCUGCUGCAGGGCGCCGACCACGCACCGCGUUCACCGCCGAGCAGAUCAACCACCUGGAGAAGGCCUUCAAAAGGAACGCCUACCUGGGCACCCACGACAAGGCCGAGCUCUGCAAGAAGCUCAAUCUCUCGGACAAACAGAUUAGGAACUGGUUCCAGAACCGACGAAUGAAGCUGAAGAGGACCCUUCAUGACGCCCUGGCUCAGGCCUGCCAGGCAAAGGUGGCCUCCCAGCUGAUGCAUUUUCCAGAUCUCCAGGCUUUCAGGCCUGCUCCAUAUCCCAGCUACUACCCAGUGCAGGAGCACCCAGCCCCCUACCUGCCUCCCUCCAGUGUGCACUACACCACUCCUCCUGCUGGGGGCGCAAUUCCCACUCUGCCAAUGGACUCCUUGUACACGUGUAGCAGCGUGCCGGGCCUGGUCGUGCCUCCCGCCAGUGCACCGCUGAUGCCUCCUUACCAUCCUUACCCUCACCACUACUAA